AUGAAAUAUCAACGAGUGUUGUAUACGAAUAAGUUUACUUCAGAAUUGAAGUCAAAACUACGAAUUGUAUGUUAUGACAAACGACGAUCGUUGAAAGGAAAUGUUUAUUAUGUCGGAUUUGCAACUGAUGCGGAUAUAGCACAUGCUGAGCAUGUCUCUAAACGGUUACGUAAUAUUACAUUAAAGCCAUUUCAAUCUCGUUCUGUUACUGAAGAUCAUUCAUCAACAUCACAUACGUCAUUUUUGUCGCCACUUACUACACUUAGUUUUCUUCCGGAUAAUCAAUCUUCAUUUAUUACAACUCGAUCAGAAUCAUUAAGACGAGUGAAUGAAACAUUAGAAGAACGUGCUAUGCGAAUACUGGGUCCUCGCAUACUAAAAGAUCAAAGUGUGACAAUAACACCUACUGUGAUCAAUUCAGAUUCUGAUAUAAGUGUCAUCAAGAGUCCUGCAACAUCAAAUAUAAAGAAUAAAGAACAACUUAUUAAUAAUAUUCACUCGUGCUUGCGAGCUAUGGAAACAGCACGAGGGGUGGCUGAUGAAGUUUGUCAACUUUAUAAGCGAGGUAGUGAUUGCCGUGUAGUAUUGAAGCAUUUUUUUCAAAUGCAUUCAACUGCUUUUUACUUGAAAGCGUCGACAUCUGCCCAAAUUAAAAUUGCUUUAUCAAAUGGACUACGAUUAACAUGGUCAGAUGUUGCCAAAAGUUUUGAUGCUUUCAGAGCUGAUGUUCAUCAUGAGCAAUUAAUCAUGACAGAAUUAACAUCAGCAAGACAUAUUUUGGCGAAAAUUGACUGUGCGACAUCGAUUGCCAUGUCAUCAAAAUUAGCAUAUCAACUUACAAAACUCGCCAAUUGA